GUAAACAAGGGUCCUCUCAUCCCCCCAAAAAUGGAGAAGGUUCAUAAUGGUAACAUGAGCGAUCAUAGAAAAAGAGAAAAAUGAAAUUUCCAAAGAGAAAGUUGUUUCUUUUCAUAAUUUUUGCUUAUGUAGCAUUUUCACUGUACGCUGCAUACAAUGUGUUCUUCAGCACUAAAGUCAUAUCCCGCGUUCACAGGGUGGAGACGAAAGAAGCAGGACCCCCUGGGGGUGUUCGAGAUGGCGGAGCUGCUCCAUUCAUUGGGGAUGAGUGGAAUCCAUGGGAGGGUGAACAAGUGGAGUACAACUCCGCACUGAACAAAAGACGAGAGGCCUUCAAACAACAUAUGGCAGAAAUCGAAAAGAACAAACCCAAAAGAUACAAGGUGCAAAUCUGGGGUAAAGCAGCUAUAGGACUUUAUCUUUGGGAACAUAUUAUGGAGGGACCCCUCAAUCCAACUGACAAGAUAGCGCAAUGGAUAGAGGGUGAGCUUCCGUCAAGCAAAAUAGAUUUCAGCUUCUACACAGGGCCUGCUGUAGUCCAAGGUCAUGUACCGUUGGAUAUGAACAGCCUAGUUCUGGUUCUGAAUGGCCGUGAGCAGCAGAAGGUGGCGUACUCCACACGUUGGUUGGAGCACGUCCGAGCUUUGGUUCAGUCGCACACUGUGUCUCACGUGGCUGUGGUCCUCCUGGGUGAUGAGCACUGCAACAAUGACUGGCUAGGGCCAUACCUAAAGAGACAUGGCGGCUUUGUGGACCUGCUCUUUUUAGUGUAUGACAGCCCUUGGGUCAAUGAUAUAGAUGUCUUCCAGUGGCCCCUCGGUGUUGCCACAUACAGGCAGUUUCCCAUGGUCAGGCCCAAUGCUGAGAUGAUCACUUCCAAGAGGCCACACCUCUGCAACUUCCUUGGUACUGUUUACAAGAAUUCUUCUCGGGAAACACUCAUUCAGGUUCUGAAACAGUCUGGUCUAGAAAAGGAUUGCAUCACCACUGCCAGGGAGAAAUGGCUCCCCCAGGAGACAGCAGACAGUUUAAAGAAUUAUCAAACCGCCCUGGCCCAGAGCGAGCUCACCCUCUGCCCCGUUGGCGUCAACACGGAAUGCUAUCGCAUCUACGAGGCUUGCUCUUAUGGCUCAGUGCCCGUGGUGGAAGAUGUACUGACGCCGGGGACCUGCGCGGCUGGGCCCAGCUCCCCGUUGCGUCUCCUAAAAGCCGCGGGAGCGCCCUUCAUCUAUAUUAGCGAUUGGCGGGAGCUUCCUGCUAUUCUGGAGAGAGAGCGAGGGAUGAGUCAAGAGCAGAGGGUAGACAGGAGGAGGAGAUUGCUGGAGUGGUACGCCACUUUCCGUCAACAAAUGAAGGAUCGCUUCACUGAGGUCAUAGAGGAGAACUUUUUCAAAAGUGGCUGAUUGUCUUUAAGGAAUAACAAAGGUGACAUCGGUGUUGAAAGUGGAGAAAUGUGAUUGCCUUCUAGUCUAGUGAACCUGGUGACAAUAUUCUGUUAUGUGCAGUUUAUCUGAAUGAUAUUUAUAUAUAUGUUGUGAAGUUGUGGGAACCUCCAAGAGUUUUCUUUGUUGUUUAUAUUUAUAUUUUGACAGUGAUUGAAUGUGUUGUUAUGUAGAGUUUAUAGAUAAUUGGAAGCAUUUGCAUACCGAUGCCCAUAUAUUUCAAUGACAUUUUGUACAUGUUUGUAUGAAUUCAAUGGGGUGAUUUGUUUUUGUAGCAAGUGCGACGACAACAGUAAAAACAAAACAACACGGGAAUGUGCUUCAAGGCCUUUUUUGAAACGUGUGCAUAAGGCCAUUUUUUUUGUAUUUUGAAAUUGCAUGUUCAAAUUAUUUGAUAGUGUCUAUUCCUUUCGUUGCUAUGUCGCAUGAAUAUAAUUUUGUCAGUGCCAUUAAAUAAAAGGGAGUUUUUAAUUAA